AUGAGCCUGUUGAAAGUUGCAACAUGUAAUUUGAAUCCAUGGGGAGUGGAAUUUGAUAAUAAUCUAAAGAAUCAAUCAAAAAAAUCUAAAGAAGCUGGUGCAGCAAUUCGACUUGGUCCUGAACUUGAAAUCACUGCUUACGGAUGUGAAGAUGGCUUCCCAGAGCCUAAUACUGAUACUCAUUCAUGGGAAUGCUUAAAAGAAAUAUUACUUGGUGACUACACUGACGGAAUAUUAUGCAGCAUUGGAAUGCCAGUAAUGCGAAAAUCUCAGCGUUAUAAUUGUCAGGCUCUCUGUUACAAUCGGAAGAUUCUGAUGAUACGGCCAAAAAUCUGGCUUGCUAAUGAUGGGAACUAUAGAGAGUUAAGAUGGUUUACUGCAUGGAAACAAAGUGACGGGAUUGAGGAAUUUCUACUCCCACCAGAUGUUGCUGAUGCUUUAUCACAAAGAUCUGCGCCUUUCAGUUACGGGUACAUUCAGUUUGACGACGCUGCUGUUGCUGCUGAAAUCUGUGAAGAGCUAUUUACUCCGCAACCUCCACAUGGUGAGUUAGCACUUAAUGGUUUUGAAGUGUUUCUGAAUGCAAGUGGAAGUCACCAUCAGUUGAGAAAGCUUGAUAUUCGUCUCAAUGCUAUUAAAGGUGCUACUGUCCGUACUUCUGGAGGGGUUUAUAUGUACAGUAAUCAACAAGGAUGUGACGGCGGUCGUCUAUACUACGAUGGCUGUUGUUGCGUAGUUGUUGAUGGGGAGGUGGUUGCUCAAGGCUCUCAAUUUUCUUUACAGGAUGUUGAGGUUUUGGUUGCUCAAGUUGAUCUCGAUGCUGUUACUAGUAGUAGGGGAUCUAUAAGUAGUUUUCAACAACAAGCCAGUUGCGUGAAGAACGUUCCGUCUAUAACAGCACCUUACAAGCUCUGCCAAUCUUUUAAUCCCCGAAUUUUGCUUUCGAGUCCAUUGGAGGAGAUUAAGUAUCACUCUCCAGAGGAGGAGAUAGCCUUUGGUCCUGCUUGCUGGAUAUGGGAUUACUUGAGAAGAAGUGGAGCUUCUGGAUUUCUGCUUCCACUUUCUGGGGGAUCUGACAGCUCUUCUUGUUGCGUCUGUGCUUGUAUAAAAAAUGCAUCACCUGCUUAA